AUGGCGGCUCCCCUGAUCAAAUCGAUCCAGUGCUUUGGUCGCAAGAAGACGGCGGUGGCCGUCACCUACUGCAAGGAAGGCCGCGGCUUAAUCAAGAUCAACGGCUGCCCAAUCAAGCUCAUGGAGCCAGAGAUCCUCCGCUUCAAGGCCUACGAGCCCAUCCUUCUGCUCGGACGACACCGUUUCGCCGGCGUCGACAUGAGGAUCUGCGUCAAGGGAGGAGGUCACACUUCUCAGAUCUAUGCCAUCCGUCAGAGCAUCGCCAAGGCCUUGGUCGCUUAUUACCAGAAGUUCGUGGAUGAGCAGAGCAAGAAGGAAAUCAAGGACAUUCUCGUUAUGUAUGAUCGUACUCUCCUCGUCGCUGAUCCAAGGCGCUGCGAGCCAGAGCUAGGUUUCGAGUGGCUGGUGUUGUCGGUUUUGAAUCGCGCCUUUCGGAGACAGACCGAUUCGGACCAGAUUUGUAUGAGGCGGUGGAGGGUGCGGUUGGGCACGAAGUCCCCAGAUGAGGCAGUGGAGGGUGCGAUGAAUGAUAAGGAACAUAAUGAUGGUGAUGGGCAUAGGGAUUGUGGUGGUGAUCAGUGA